GCAACUGAAGGCUUUGCCUUGCCUUCUCUUAUCCCUGGUUUACAGCGAAGGGAGGACAGCAAGGAGCAGCCCUUGCAUUCAAAAAUAACUCACUGGGCAGGGAUGCCAUGGAAUCGAGUAGCCAGGAAAAUGUCAGUGUCCAAGAUGAGGCUGUGGACGAAAGCCAAUUUAAAACAUGUAAAGAAAUUGCCUUCUACAGACGUCAGAAACAUUUGUGUCCUGGGAAGCCCUUGUAUCGAGUCUUGCUGGACACAGUAGAAUUAUCCAGUGGCAAUGUCAAAUUCCAAAUUAUCAAUGAAGAGUGCAAGGAUCCUCUUUUAGUAGAAAUUUAUGAAUUAGAAGGUAAAAUUUUCAGGCUUAAAAUUAAUGAGAUAACACCACUCAAACCAAGAUACCAAGUUCCUGAUGUUCUUAUAAAAGAACCUCCCAGCCUCAGGCUAACUGUAUUAGAGAAAGAUGCAGACAAGCUUGUUUUGGCUAGUGUCAGUGACGACCAACAGGUCCACAUAACAGUAAAUCCUUUCCAGAUACAACUUGUUUCUAAAGAUGAAAUUGUACUGAGCCUCAACUCAAAUGGCCUAUUGUAUUUGGAGCAGUUACAGCCACCACCCCAAACCAGGAAAUCUACAUUGCAAGAAAAGAGAGAUGGAUCCACUGAUUCUUCUAAGGAAGAUCAGGAUGACUUCGGUCUCUGGGAAGAAAAAUUUGGCAGCUUUUUAGACGUCAAAACAAAUGGUCCUAGCAGCAUAGGCUUAGAUUUUUCUUUGCAUGGAUUUGAACAUGUCUAUGGAAUACCUCAGCAUGCAGAAACACUUCUCCUUAAAAAUACCAGCAAUGAAGAUGUCUACCGGCUUUAUAACUUGGAUGUUUUCGGAUACAAGAUUUACAGUAAAAUGGGUAUCUAUGGUUCAGUGCCCUUGCUCUUAGCACACAAACCUGACAGAACCAUAGGAGUGUUUUGGUUAAAUUCCUCAGAAACUCUAGUGGAGAUUACCACUAAAGCUGCAGUAAAGGUUUUGCCUUCCCCAACUCCAGAUGUCUCCAAGCAGAGAGUGUUGCCUCAGACUGAUUUAUGCUGGAUGUCAGAAAGUGGAAUAAUUGAUGCUUUCAUCCUAAUGGGCCCCAGUCCUUUUGACAUUUUUAAGCAGUAUGCACAGUUGACAGGUACUCAAGCCCUGCCUCCACUCUUCUCUCUUGGCUACCACCAGUGCCGCUGGAAUUAUGAAGAUGAGAAAGAUGUAGAAGGAGUCGAUGCAGGCUUUGAUGUAUUCAGCAUUCCCUAUGAUGUUAUGUGGCUAGACAUUGAGCAUACUGAUGGUAAGCGGUACUUCACAUGGGAUAAGGAGAAAUUUGGCAAUCCUGAGAGGAUGCAAAAACAGAUACUCAUGAAGAAAAAACGCAAGCUUGUUGUCAUUCUGGACCCGCAUAUUAAAGCUGACCCACUGUAUACCAUAUACUCACAAGCAAAGGAAAAAGGCUAUUUUGUAAAAGAUAAUAAAGGUGAAGAUUUUGAGGGCAUCUGUUGGCCAGGUCCCUCUUCUUACUUGGAUUUCACCAAUCCUGAAGUCAGAGACUGGUAUGCAGAUCAAUUUUCAUUCAAAACAUAUAAGGGUUCCACUGAAAUCCUUUUUGCCUGGAAUGAUAUGAAUGAGCCUUCAGUCUUCAGAGGUGCAGAACUAACAAUGCAAAAGGAUGCUGUCCAUUAUGGCAAAUGGGAACAUCGAGAAGUUCAUAAUCUCUAUGGUUUUUAUCAGCAAAUGGCAACAGCAGAAGGACUGAUCAGACGAAGUGGGAACCUGGAGAGGCCAUUUGUUCUCACACGUUCUUUUUUUGCUGGAUCGCAGAGGUAUGGUGCAGUAUGGACUGGAGACAACAAAGCAGAGUGGAGUUACUUGAAAAUCUCCAUUCCCAUGUUGCUCACUAUCAGCAUUGCAGGAAUUUCCUUUUGUGGAGCGGAUGUCGGUGGAUUUAUUGGAGACCCUGAACCAGAGCUACUUGUUCGAUGGUACCAGGCUGGAGCACUCCAGCCUUUCUUUAGAGGCCAUGCCAAUAUGCACACCAAGCGCCGGGAGCCCUGGAUGUUUGGUGAAGAGAACACACAGAUCAUCAGGGAGGCUAUCAAGGAGCGUUACUCCCUUCUUCCUUAUCUCUAUUCACUGUUCUACCGAGCACAUACCGCUGCUGAACCAGUCAUGAGACCUGUCUGGGUAGACUUCCCCAAACAACUGGAAACUUUUGACAUUGAAGAUGAGUAUAUGCUUGGAAAUGCUUUGUUGGUGUAUCCAGUCACUGAACCCAAAGUGACAACAGUCAGUGUUUUUCUGCCUGGUUCAGAAGAGCAGAUAUGGUACGACUUUCGAAAAUUUAGAUGUCUGAAAAGUCAAGGUGUAUUGAAGAUUCCAGUGACCUUGAACAAUAUUCCUGUAAUUCAGCGUGGGGGCAGUAUUAUACCAUUAAAAACCUCUGUAGGAAAAUCCACAGAAUGGAUGAUAGAUUUUCCUUAUGAACUUCGUGCUGCCCUCGAUAGUAAGGAGUCUGCAGCUGGAGAGCUGUACUUAGAUGAUGGCCAUUCAUUUCAGUAUCUUCAUGAGAAGCAGUUCCUGCUGAGAAAGUUCACCUUCCAUAAGAAUAUCUUCUCAUCUAGGCAUGCAGAUGGGGACCCACAGUUUCACACAAAAUGUGUAGUGGAGCGGAUACUGAUUUUGGGAAUGAAAAACCAUCCAUCUGUUAUAACAGCCAGUAUCCACGGUGGAAAAGACAAAGCAGUGGCUUUCACAUAUGAUGCCAAGAACUCAGUGCUGGUCCUUCAAAAGCUUUCAUUAAAUGUCGGCAUUGACUGGGUGCUUCAUAUGAAGUGAAAUGGCAACUUCCAAAAAAUGAAUGAAAAGCUUCAGAAGAAUGGUUUGAAAAACUUAAACUCAGUCUUCUGAAGUGUGAGAUAGAUGAAUUUUUAAUAUUAAAAUCCCUACUAUAGAUUUAUAGAAAUGAGCUUUCUGGAGUCAAGAUUGUGUGUGUGCAAGAGAGAAAAUGCUGAACAGGAUUUGUAGUAAAAUGUUUAGAGAACAAGUUGACCUUUGCAAGCAUCAAGGCGACUGGCUUGCUUUGAAAGCCAAAAGAGUUAGGAAGAACAUCCUUGGAUGGGGGAAAUAACACACAGAGUGAUAGAGUGAUGGAAUAUUCCAAAUGAGUCAAAAAUGUAUUUUAAUAUAUUCACAAUUCUGUGUCCUGAUUGAAUGAAAGUUUUUGUACGUUUGCACUUUGAACCAGCCAAUAGAAUACAUUUUUAGGGACCUCAUUGUUGGAAUUACCUAUAUGAACAGCCAUUUUCUUUGGUUUGGGGGCCUCAGUUUUUUUGGAACUGGAUUUCCACUGAGGACUGCCGGCAUUAAAGGACUUUGGAUUUUCAGCCUUCUGGGUCCUGUUGUUCUCUCUGCUCUGUCAAGCCAGUGGACUUAAGAAUCCUGUUACAGUUGACUUUUUUUUAAUCAAAUGGAUGUGAAAUGAACUUUCAUGGGCUAGACUAUUAUGGCUCCUAUUAAAUUAAUUAACAUUCACAUUUUUUUUCUCAUAAAAAACAAGUUGUCAGUACUAUUUGCAACAGCUGCUCUUCCCAAAUGGCUGGCUUCCAAGAUGUUGCAGUUGUGCUAUCAAUGUUGUUUUUCCUGUUUCCAAGCAACAGCGUCUAGAAUUAGCCAUGGAUUCUUGCUUCUAUGGAUUGUCUUAUGCUCUAGUUUUUCUGCUCUUCUCUAUUUUUAUGCUCAGUGUACUGCUUCACGUACAGAGGUCCUGCUCCAGAACAAAUGUGCACUUUUCCAGCAUGAGAGAGGUGAAGACCUGGGUGGAUAUUCAUCAUUCAGCUUGUAAAAUUUGCACCAUUAUGAGGACUUGGCUUCCAUUAAUGGAACAAACUAAAGAAAUAAUGUAAUUUGGAAUGACUGGGAUAGCAAUAGAGCAAGAGAGAGAGAGACUGAUUAUUUUAAAAAGAAUUUAAAUAUUCGGUAGGUUCGGACUUUUCUUUAUUGACCACUGAAUACUUUUAUCAGUUUAGUCCACAAGGUUUUAAGGGCUGGACAAUUUUCCUAUGCUACACAACCCACUAAAAUGAACUUUUUCUACCCUUUUUUUAAAUGCUGAACCAUAUUUCAUCAUGAUACAGAUAUAACUCAGUUAUGUUAUUGGGCAUUACUUCUUCAAUAGAAAUUUUUGUUCCAGAGGCAAAAAAUAUAAUGGAAAGGAUACAGAUAGGUUCCUACUUCACAAAAAGAGCAGUUCAAUAUGUUUCAGCAAACUUUUUAUCCAAAUUCAGGUAAACUUCGCAAAAGUAAAUAAAAAUAUUUUGAACCUGAGACUACUUGAAAAUGUUUUCCAAAGUGCAUCUUAUUCUUUUACCAGCUUCCACUUUUUUCAAAUUUCUAUUUUGGUGCAGGUAGCUAUUGAAACACGAAUAUCUAUUUUUUCUUGUUUGUUUGUUCCUUAGUCAUCCAUCCUGGUUUCUUGAGACAUCUCCCAUUUUUCUUUCUCACUGGAACAGUUUGAAAUUGUGCCUUCAGUAUCUCUCCUUUGAGAAACUCC